GUCAGUACUUUACUUAAGCCCGAGCAAAAAACAUCAUAAAAAAAAUGUACACAGUGCUCCUUCUAACCGUCCUUCUUACUACCACAUUUGCUAAUGAAGACCUCAGCUAUAAAUACCUCACGAAAGUAUACGAUGAAUGCCAGAAAUCGGACGCGAUUUUGCCAUGUUUGAAGAAGAAAGCUAUAUUGUUCUUCGAUCGGGCCGCCAGGAUGGAAACGAUACCUUUGCUAGACGGAGUGGACAUUGUGAAGGUGUCAAAGACAGAUGAAAACGUUCCCAUAAGCGAGAAUGAGAUAGACGCGGCACUCCCCAGGAAUUUGCAGGAUAAAAAUGAAGCCUUAACGCAAAUGCUGUGGGAUAAAGUGGCGAGUUUCGCUAAUUCGAGAACAAUACAACUAGCCUUACCGAAGAUGACUGGCGCAGAAUUAAACAGAGGUGUUGAAGAAGGACGGGGUAAGAUGAAGAAGAUGAUGGGGAUGAUGAUGAUGGGAGCCGCUAUGAAGAUGGUCGCCAUGAUUCCCAUGGCGAUGGCGGGAUUAUUCGUGCUUGCUGGGAAGGCUCUCAUCACAGCUAAGAUCGCAUUACUGCUCGCCGGUAUUAUGGUGCUUAAGAAACUCAUGUCCCAGAAGGGGGGCGGUGGUGGGGGAAACGAAAGCCACGGCUGGUCCUCGGGCGGAGGCGGCGGAGGCUGGGAUAGGCGAGCCUAUGACGCGGCUGAGUUGGCCUAUUCCGCUUAUAAAAGAGAAUAGAUAUUCCUAUUAAUAAUUUAUUGGUUCUUAUUUAGUAAUUUAUUUAUUAAUAGGUUUCUAAGUAACUUAUUGUCUCGUUAUUAAGAAAUUAAAAUUACAUUAAUUUAAUUAAUAUUUAUUUGAAUAAUGAUUAAAUUUAUUUUAUUUAUUUAUUAAAUAAUUAUAACAGAAGUGUAAAUUGAUUUAUUUAAUGUUACACAUUUCUGAUCAAUGGUAAAUUUUCUUUCGCUUAAGCUAUUUCCCACCACAUUACUAUGAAAUUAUUCACUAAGCAUUUUAAAAAAUAUAUAGUAUUUCAUUUUCAUUAUUGUAAUAUAUAAUUUAUUUUACUCAUUUUAAUUGUUGUUCCUAUUAUUUUGUUUAUUUCAUAAAAUGUAAAUAGUAUUAUAAAUACUAGCGUUUAAGUAAAUAAGUAACUUUAUAAAUACACACGUAUAAUGUUUAUAAAAUAUAAAUUACCAUUAUAGAAGUACUUUUUCGAAGAAAAAAAAAUUCUAUUUUUAACGUGCGACUCGAUAAAAAAUUGUAGAAAAUAAAUAAAUUUAUGCUACUAUUUAUUUUAGUUUUAAGGAUAAUUAAUUAUGAAUGAAAUAAAAAACAUGUAUUGUUUUGUUCAAAUAUAAUUUUCUUCGUCAUUUCAUAUCAUUAUAUAGUUUUUUUUUAUUGCUUAGAUGGAUGGACGAGCAGAAGAUAUAAAUAAAAUAAAGAGGAAAGAUUU